ACUCUCCCUCUCACCGCUCACUGAACGUCACGUCCGCACUUGAACUUGAGUUUUCAGCCCCUGUAGGAGCCAGAGCGCCGCACAGACCCGCACAGACCCGCAGAGCGCCGCACGGACCCGCACUGAGGUGCACAGACCAGCACAGUGCCACAAAGAGCCGUGUGGACCCGCACGGACCUGCAGAGCUCCACACAGACCCGCAGAGAGACGCAGAGAGCAGCCCUGGGAUGCGGGACUGUGCAGCCCGCGCACAGACGGAGAGCAACGCGAGGCUCUGAGUCCUCUGCACGCGCAGCAGCUGAAGUGUCAGCAGCUCGACCAACACCUCUAGAAGUUCGGGAUCAGGACUGGAUUUACAUUUUUUUUUUACCUCCCCCCACGUGCUCGGUCCGGAGCGGAGCGCGUGCUGUCCGGUGUGUCCGGAGACUGGACCCACUCUGAGGGACCAUCAGGAGGUGACCGUAGACCUCCUUCCCCACUGCUCCGGCUCAUGGUCUGAGCUCCACGGCGGGCUGAUCCGGUCCCCCCCUAUCCCCCCACUCCACUCCCCCCACCCCCCUAACGGUGCUCACCGAGACCCGCCGCGCGCACUGCCGGUCACCGCACCGCUCCGGAGCCACUGCCCGCUGCAAGACCAGCCCAGGGGCCACAGCUGGGGCCGCAGCACAGGGGCCAGUUUGGGGUCCUUAGCCCGCGGCCGGUUUUGGGGCCAGUUAACGGCCGCCGGUCUUCAGCAGGAGGAGGAGGAGAGUCGACCCUUCACGCGCCGCUCUCCGGGCGAUGCCAGUGUAAAUGCCAGGGCGAUGUCCCGACGCAAGCAGGGGAACCCGCAGCACCUGUCCCAGAGAGAAAUCACAGCGGAAAUUGAGCAUCACGAUGGCGGCCUGCUCCCAGACUGCCUCCCCCCUCACCCUCUCGUCCUCCCCCCUCACCUGUUGGACCCCAGUCUGGGCCACACCCUCCCUCCUGGCCUGCAUGCAGACCAUGACCUGCUGACAUGCGGUCAGUGUCAGCUGAGCCUGCCGCUUGGCGACAUCCUCCUCUUCAUCGAGCACAAAAAGAAGCAGUGCAGCUCACCGCUGCUGCCCAACGGCUGCUACGACAAGAUGAACGAGCGAGGAGGAGGAGGAGGAGGAGGAGGAGGGAGCCCCGCCCACCACAACCUGCAUCACCAUGCUCAGAGGGUGGAGCUAAGGAAGGUGUUGGAACCUGUGGAGGUCGGCAUUCAGGUGACACCUGAGGAGGAGGAGGAAGGAGGAAGAGGACGAAGAAGAGAACAUGGAGGGGAGAGGAGAGAGAGGACACCAAUCAAAGGAAUCUGCCCCAAACAGGAAAACAUGCCAGGUCCCAGGGACGAACCUUCCAACUACAUCUGCACCACCUGUAAACAGCCUUUCCCCAGCGCCUGGUUCCUGCUGCAGCAUGCCCAGAACACACACGGUAUCCGCAUCUACCUUGAGUCCAACCCUUCCAGCACCGCCCUCACCCCCCGCAUCUCUAUGCCUCCCCCCAUUGGCAAUGACUCCAUCCCGCAGUCCCCCCUCACCAACUUCCUUGGAGACAACAACCCCUUCCACCUCCUGAGGAUGACAGGCCCCCUGCUCCGAGAGCCUCCUCCAGGCUUUGUGGAGAAUCGCCUACAGAACACACCUCCAUUUGUCAGCCCGCCUCCUCGCCUCCACCUGGACCCCCACCGGCUGGAACGGCUCAGUGUAGAGGAAAUGGGUCUCAUCUCCCAGCACCCAAGUGCCUUUGAGCGGGUGAUGCGACUGACACCCAUGGCCAUGGAGUCCCAGUCCAUGGACUUCUCCAGACGGCUACGAGAGCUGGCAGGGAACAACAACAGCACCACCCCCCCACUGUCUCCCAGCAGAGCCAACCCUAUGCACCGACUACUAAACCCUAACCCCUUCCAAUCUGGGCCCAAAUCGCCCUUUCUGAGCACGCCUCCCUUACCACCAAUGCCCCCAAACAGCACUACCCCUCCCCAGAACCAGAACAAAGUCAAGUCCUGUGAGUUCUGCGGGAAGACCUUCAAAUUCCAGAGCAACUUGGUGGUGCAUCGGCGCAGCCAUACCGGAGAAAAACCAUACAAGUGCCAGCUGUGUGACCACGCCUGCUCUCAGGCCAGCAAGCUGAAGAGACACAUGAAGACACACAUGCACAAAGCUGGAUCUUUGACAGGGCGCUCAGAUGAUGGACUAUCCACCACGAGCUCCCCAGAGCCAGGAACGAGUGAUGUCACAGGGGAGGGCAUGAAGAACCGUGACAGGGACUUCCAGGGGGAAGGAAAUGAGGAGGAAGAGGAGGAGGAGGAGGAAGAAGAACUGGAGAAUGAGAGUCGACCAGAAUCCAACUUCAGCAUGGAGUCUGAGUUCUACAGGAACAGGGAGAACGGAUCCAAACCACCCUCAGAGGAGAAGUCCUCAUUCAGCCUGGACAAGAUGGUGGAUGGAGCAGGACUCAACUCAAUACAGCAGUUUAAUAACUUGAUCGUUGACAAUCGUAAACAGAUGCCCUUCUCAAAGAGGUGCUCUGACGGCCAGCGGGACACUGGGGACGAGGACUCAGUGGCUGGGGAGAUAGACCAUCACCAGCGGCAGGAGAGGACAACCAUAAAUGGCCGGAACUGUGGCUCCGGGGACUCUUUCUCAGGCCUGUUUCCACGUAAGCCCACCCCCAUCACCAGCCCUACCCUGUCCAACUCAUCCAAUAAGAGGAUCAAAAUCGAGAAGGACUUGGACAUUCCCCCUGCCCCCCACAUACCCUCUGAGAACGUCUACUCCCAGUGGUUGGUGGGCUACGCUGCCUCACGACACUUCAUCAAGGACCCUUUUCUUGGCUUCACUGACUCCAGACAAUCACCCUUCGCCACUUCCUCUGAGCACUCAUCUGAGAACGGCAGCCUGCGGUUCUCCACGCCCCCAGGUGACCUGCUGGAUGGUGGGCUGUCGGGCCGCAGCGGCACCGCCAGCGGAGGCAGCACACCUCACCUGAGCGGAAACGGCAGUUCAGGCCGACCCACUUCUAAGGACAGCAGGAGGUGUGACACCUGUGAGUUCUGUGGUAAAGUGUUCAAGAACUGUAGCAACCUGACGGUGCACCGGCGCAGCCACACCGGAGAGCGGCCCUAUAAAUGCGACCUGUGCAAUUAUGCUUGUGCUCAGAGCUCAAAGCUCACGCGCCACAUGAAGACUCACGGCCAAAUGGGUAAGGAAGUGUACCGCUGUGACAUUUGCCAAAUGCCAUUCAGCGUGUACAGCACUUUGGAAAAACACAUGAAAAAGUGGCAUGGAGAACAUUUGAUGACCAAUGAGGUCAAAAUUGAACAAGCAGAGAGAACCUGAACCCUGUUCCCAAAUGCCACACUGACUAACUGAUGAACUAAUUGGGGAGCUGGAUACUCUUUUUUCUGAAAUAAUGGUAAUUUUUGUUUUUUUGUGUGUUUUUUAAAAAAAAAACUGCCAACUGAGAACAAAGAGUGGAGACACCGUCCCAACGCCGAGUGAAGCUGUCAACUGCCUCAUUUGGAGUUCCUUUUGAAACAAUCAGUCAGUUGAGUUUGAACAUAUGUGGAGCCUUUAACUGUGCAAUAAUUUCUGUAUUUAUUGGAUUUUGUAUUUGGCAUGUGCAGGUAUGUUUUUAUUUAGGCUUUUUUUUUUAAGUUGUUUGAUUUGAUUUUACAUUGCUCUGUUUUUUAAAAAUCCCUAUUGAUAUCCUGAGAGUUUUGUAGAAGAUUAAAGUCCAUUUCAAGUCUGAAAUCUGUUUUGGCCGCUGCUGUAGGAAAUUGUACAAUAAGUUGAAAGUGAGAUUUGUUUAAGAGGUGCUAAAUUCAAUCGGACGUGGCAUUACCUGAGAAAGCUAGAAUUAGAAUAUUUUAUGUGAUGAUGAAACGCGGAUAACAAUCCUUUGGCUCUGUAGCAUGAUCAGACUUUAAAUAUGUUGAUUUAAUUAGAUAUGUAGCACUGGGUGUCAGAUGUGACAGUGAACGUAAAAAUGAAGAGGAUUCCAAGGUU